AAUACAUAAGCAAACCAAAAAAAGACAAAGAGAGGAGUUAUGUCAUAUUGGUUCCCCUCCAUCCACAUCCGCAUCCGGCUCCACAUCCACAGCUGCAUCCAUAGGUUGUGUUGGAGAGGGUUCUUCUAUGCCUCCCUUUCGUCCUAGUGCUUCUGCUAGUGCCAGUACUUCUAUUUCUACUCCUAGUCACACUUUUGGUCCUAGAGUGCGAAAAUCCAAGAUAGACAAUUUUUUUGUACCACGCACUACUCCUGGCACACAACCCUCGCUUGAGAGCAUGUCUUGGAACAAGGAGGUCCAUGAUGCAGGAAGAAAAGCAAUUUGCAAGUUUUGGUACUUCUGCAACAUUCCAUUUAUUGCAGCCAGGUCUCCUUAUUGGCAAGGCAUGAUUGAUGCAGUAACCGUUUGUGGGCCGGGGUUUAAAGCCCCUAGUGAUACUGAGUUGAGUGGCCCUCUCUUGUUGGAAAUGGUGGAAGAUAUGAAAGUUGACCUAGAGGACCACCGCCAAUCUUGGAGCCAGAAGGGUUGCACCAUCAUGACAGAUGGUUGGACUGAUAGGAGGAAUAGAACACUCCUAAAUUUUCUUGUUUCCAGCAGAGGUGAUUGAUCAUUU